UUUUACAGUUUGUUCAGAGCGAAACUUGUCGUAAAGUUGUGAUUGUCUUUGGUUUUCCUGCGAUGAAUGUGGAGUGUUGACUCUCUAAUAUUGUAAUAACAUAAGUGUUGCUCAUUCUUAACUAUUCGCACAUCAUCAUGUCAAGCUUUUUGAGUCGCUAUGGCAGGCCAAUGCUGUACGGUAUCGUGGCUGCGUCUGGUGCGCUCUAUUUGUGGUAUCAAUUCUCCAGGAAAAAACAAACUAAUGUCGACGAGUUGAUAGGAUUGGAGCGCAGAAGAAGAGUCGAGAAACUGGUCGAAUUACGAGACAAAUUGGAACAACUUCUUGGUUCUUUAGAUAACUUUGAACCUGAAACUCCUGAUACUGAAGAUGAUGAGUGUAUUGUGUGCAACAGUGCCAAAGCCAUCAUUCAGACAUACCCCUGCAAACACCGAGUUCUUUGUCGCCGCUGCUUUGUCAAAACACUUCAGGUGGCAGUGAAUGACCUCAAUCUUCCCUUGAAAUGUGUUGUUUGUCGUACAAGAAUUCAAACAUUGGACAGAGAUCGCCAUGAAGAAAAUUUGUCGAUAGGAACAGUGUAGCAACUGGAAAUGAAAAAUAUUAAUGUUCUAGUCUAAAUUAGAUUUUUGUAUAAUGAAUUUGUUAGUAUAGCUUUGUAUUAAAAUUCAAACUAGACAGGUAAGGAGAACUGUAGGUGGUCAUGACAUGAUCAUCUCAUGUAAUCCAAGAGAACUCAUUUACAGUGCAAGCUUGGUUUAAUAAACUUGCUCAGUUUUGUACAACUAUCAAGACUUACGCUUAGUCUAGGGCAUAGACGAUUCUCUUUGUAAGAAUUGUAGACAGGUGCAAUGUACUUUCAUUGGCCAUCUCCACGGCUGCAGCUUUGUAUUUCUUAAAACUGGACAUAAAAAGGUCUUACUAUAACUAAUCAAAUUUUUUUUUUGUAAUUGUCCAGUGGUUUGGAGCCUUGGGCUCUUUUGUAAACCAUCCAAAUUGCUGGGAUAUUUUUUGAUUUGUCAUAAUUUUAGUAGAUUUACUUACUAUGGUUUACCAUUGAAUUGUAAUAAAUAAAGUUGACAUUAGUUUGUGGAGGAGUGA